AUGGUGUAUGUGGUGGUUGAGUAUCCUAACAAUUGUCCCAAUAAAUUUUCAUUGUAUGAUGGAAACAAAAAGCCAAGCCCUAAAGUUGGUCAACAUUUUGAAAGAACUUUUAUAACUGUGCAUAAAAGUGAAGUAAAUGAAAUAUUGAUGAAAAGUGAUAAAAGUUUAACAUACGGUUAUCCACUGAAAGCGAACAUUUUUUUUCGUUUUCCUACAUCUAUCACUGAUUGCGCAAAUUUGAACUCCUUCAUAAGGUAUAACAGUGAUCUUACGAAUGGUUACUGUGGACUAGAUGCUCUAAUCAUGCACAAUGUAAUGGAAGUCUUCAAAUUUAAUGCCACUUUUGAAAUGCAAUCCACAACCAACUACGGAUAUGUUCAGUCAGGACAGGUGACAGGUACAUUAGGCCUGAUUGUAAGAGGAGAAAUUGAUGUGUCUUUCAAUUCUAGAUUCAUAGUUUUGUAUUCAUUAGAAAACAAUUUUGAUUUCCUGUAUCAAAUAUGGGAUGACUCUUUAUGUGCAUUGAUGAAAGAGCCAAACGAGGUUCCACUGUGGCACUAUCCGUAUAAUAUUUACGGAAUAACUACAUGGCUAUUCGUACUACCUUGUCUAACAUUCGUUGGGUCAAUGAUGUACGUGAGAAACAAAUUAUUUAGACUAAGAACAUUAAAAUUUUAUAUAUAUCCAGUAAAUGCCGUGUGGUCUGGAUUAUUCGGGUUUUUCUUCAACAAGAAAAUAAAACGGUCACUAUUAGCAGCCCUGUGUCUUCUGUGUUCAGUGGUUUUCACAGCUGAAUAUCAAGGAAACGUUAACAACAUGUUCGCAACAUUAGUAAGAUACGAUCGAUUCAAAACGCUACAACAACUGUGCGACAACGGCGUGGCAGUGUACACAUCUCCCUCGGUCGCCAUACUGCUAGGGCGCGGGGCUUAUCUGGAUAACUCUAAAAGUUAUCUCGUGAGAAACUUGAAGUUUUUCCCGGACAACCAAAGUGCUACAGGUCAGUACCAAAACAAGCAACAACAAGCUGAAUAG